AUGCAUUUCCUGGCCUGGUUCAAUUUGCUGCUUCUCCUUCCUUGUUUCAGUACCACAAAAACCUGCUUCCCUGGCUGCCACUGUGAAGUGGAAACCUUUGGUCUCUUUGACAGCUUUAGCUUGACCAAGGUGGACUGCAGUGGAAUAGGCUCACACAUUGUUCCUGUCCCAAUCCCUCUGGAUACCUCCUACUUGGAUCUAUCAUCAAACAAACUGGAAACAAUAAAUGAAUCGAUGCUUACUGGCCCUGGAUACACCACCCUGGUGAGUCUUGACCUGAGCUACAACAAAAUUGCCAAGAUUUCCUCCACAACAUUCUCCAGGCUUCGGUACCUGGAGUCCUUGGAUCUGAGUCAUAACUCUCUGGAAGUACUUCCGGAGGACUGUUUCUCCAGUUCUCCUCUAAGUGACAUAGAUUUGAGCAAUAACAAACUUUUGGAUAUUGCUAUGGAUGUUUUUGCUUCAAAAGGUCAAGGCAAAUCCCUGAAUGUGGAUCUAUCCAAUAACAUGCUCAGCACAAUUACAAGGCACCAUGAAAAGAGCAUUCCAAACAUCCAGAACUUAAAUCUUUCUGGAAACAGGCUGACAUUUGUACCAAACCUUCAAGGCAUUCCUCUCCGAUAUUUAAAUCUUGAUGGAAACCCUCUGGUUAAGGUUGAGAAAGGAGACUUCACGGGGCUGAAAGACUUGAUUCAUUUAUCCCUCAGUGGCCUCCAUGGCUUUAGAGAGUUAUCUCCUCAUAGCUUCAGGGAACUCCAAGCCCUCCAGGUUCUGGAUUUAUCCAACAAUCCCAACUUGAAGUCACUGACUGCUGAAGUUAUCCUUGGUCUGAACUCCCUACAAGAGCUCAACCUCUCUGGGACAGGCAUAUCAUCCUUGCCAAAGACUUUGCUGAAAUACUUGCCUUCCAUCAAAAGCAUCACCUUAGGGAAGGACAUACAGUGUCUUAAGACCAUCAAAGAAGGACAGUACCACCGACAAAUUGGGCUGACCAAAAAAGAAAUCCUCAGUUGCUACGACAGCAAUGGAUCCGUAGCAGCAGCACCUUAUGUUUCAUGA